CGGCGUCGGCCACGGCCAGCGCUCGUGGCUGUCGUCGACAUAAAAAGGGCGACGCAAACCGGCGCGGGCACCAGGCAGCAGGGGAGUGCGCAGGUCUCUAUCGCCCCCCGCCACAACCUCCCGGCUCCCAGGCACCAGCCGCGUCCACCGCCUAAACCCUCUGCUCUCCUCAGGAGCUGCGAGGGUAGGACGAGGAGGAGGAGCAGGUCGGGAUGGCGGACGCCAAGCAGCAGCAGGCGGUGGCGCCAAGCGCCGCGUGGAUGACGGUGAAACCCUUCGUCAAUGGCGGCGCCUCCGGCAUGCUCGCCACCUGCGUCAUCCAGCCAAUCGACAUGGUCAAGGUCAAAAUCCAACUGGGAGAGGGCUCUGCAGCUACCGUCACCAAGAAGAUGCUUGCUAAUGAGGGAAUCGGUUCCUUUUACAAGGGAUUAUCAGCUGGUUUGCUAAGGCAAGCCACGUACACGACUGCUCGUCUUGGAUCCUUCAGGGUUCUAACAAAUAAAGCAGUUGAAGCAAAUGAGGGAAAGCCACUACCUCUACUGCAAAAAGCUGUUAUUGGUCUCACUGCUGGAGCAAUUGGAGCAUCUGUUGGUAGUCCUGCAGAUUUGGCACUCAUUAGGAUGCAGGCCGAUUCAACCCUGCCAGCUGCCCAACGGCGUAACUACAAGAAUGCUUUUCAUGCGCUUUACCGUAUUGUCGCCGAUGAAGGUGUUCUGGCACUUUGGAAGGGUGCAGGCCCAACUGUAGUCAGAGCUAUGUCCCUAAACAUGGGCAUGCUUGCCUCCUAUGAUCAGAGUGUUGAAUUAUUUAGAGACAAAUUAGGUGCUGGAGAAUUAUCUACAAUGCUCGGGGCAAGUGCUGUAUCAGGAUUCUGUGCAUCUGCCUGCAGUUUGCCGUUCGAUUAUGUGAAGACGCAGAUUCAGAAGAUGCAGCCUGAUGCCAAUGGGAAGUACCCGUACACUGGAUCUCUUGACUGCGUCAUGAAGACCUUAAAGAGUGGAGGCCCGUUUAAGUUCUACACCGGGUUUCCUGUCUACUGUGUGAGGAUUGCUCCACAUGUCAUGUUGACUUGGAUAUUCUUGAAUCAGAUCCAGAAGUUCGAGAAGGAUAUGGGACUUUAAGAUUUGGUUUGUUGGUCCUGCUCGCGCUAAGACAUAACUAUAAUAAGCCAGCUGCUUUGUAAGCCAGCAAUGGGUUCUCAUACACAGAAUUCGAAGUUCUGAUUUCAUCAAGUCUAUACGCUGCUUGGUGGUUUGAUCCUUUGACCUAAAGAGUCAUAUCGUCUGUUGUACUUUGGAGCGUUGCUGGGUAACUUUUGUUGCUGACGUAUGUGGUUGGUAGGGGCACUACCAAGAGAAAAUACUACGAAAGUGGAUUUAAUUCGUGUCAAUGAAUGGAGCCAAAUUUCGCACACAGUUUCACCAAUCUAUCUCUAUAUUUUGUUAGUCCUGUUAUGUUCAUCAUGUAUACGUGUGUUUACUUUCUUUUUUCUUCCGGGUAUGAGUAUGAGAUGGCAGUUCUGUUUCCA